AUGGGUCUCACCUUCUCCAAGAUUUUCGACAGACUAUGGGGACGCAAGGAGAUGCGAAUUCUGAUGGUCGGUCUCGACGCUGCCGGAAAGACCACCAUCUUGUACAAGCUCAAGCUCGGUGAAAUCGUUACCACCAUCCCCACCAUCGGCUUCAACGUCGAGACCGUCGAAUACAAGAACAUUCAGUUCACCGUCUGGGAUGUCGGUGGUCAGGACAAGAUCCGUCCUCUCUGGAGACACUACUUCCAGAACACCCAGGGUAUCAUUUUCGUCGUCGACAGCAACGAUCGGGAUCGUAUUGUCGAGGCCCGCGAAGAGUUGCAGCGCAUGUUGAACGAGGAUGAACUCCGUGACGCCCUGCUCCUGGUCUUCGCCAACAAGCAAGAUUUGCCCAACGCCAUGAGCCCUGCCGAAAUCACCCAGCAGCUCGGUCUGCAAAGUCUCACUCGCCGCCCCUGGUUCAUCCAAUCCACCUGCGCCACGACUGGUGAUGGUCUGUACGAGGGUCUGGAGUGGCUCGCCGAGACGCUGCGGAAAACCAACCGCGACUAA